UAUUUUAUAUAUACCAUUUUUUUGUUAAAGCUAAAGAAGCUUUUUAAACAUACAACAACACCAACAAUUAUAUUUAUGAAUCCAUAUAUUAAAUUUGUUAACUAUCCACAAAAAUAUAAUUGGUUUAAAGAGUUAAUUAAACCUCAGUAUAGUCCAUUUGUCGAAACAAUAAAUAAAGAUAUAUAUAAGACUUGGAAUGGAGAGACAUUAAUUGAUUUUAAAUGGAAUAACUAUGGAAAAUACUACUAUGCAUUAAUUUGGAUUGUAUAUAUGGCUUUUCUUGGAUGCUUUACUGCUGCUGCAACAAUUCCUCAACAAUAUAUUGAUGAAGAUACUCAAAACCAACUUUUAAUUGCCUCUAUUAUACUUGGAUUUAUUCAUCUUAGUUUUGAAAUACGUCAGUUUAUUUAUAAUCCUAUUAGAUGGUUCCGUAAUUUUUGGAAUAUAUUUGGUAAUAUGAAUGUAUUGUAA